AUGUUAAUAAACGAAAAUACUAAUCAGUUAACACUGAAGACGAACUUGGAAGAAGUGUUAAAAACGGCUACAAUUUUGACUGAAGCUUUGAAGAAGGAAAUUUCUAUUGUGGAAGAACGAGAGCGUAUAUUAAAAGAAACUAUAGUUAAUGGCAGAUGGGGCACCACUACUCUUACAGUUUCAACUACAGAUAGACCGCCACGCACAUAUAUAAUACGUAACGGCAUCUGGACUCUUUGCAAUGGUCUAAUCCAGUAUCCGAUUGUAAAAGAAGCCUAUAAUAUAUAUACUGAACUAUUUUCGACACCAAGGUGUAUUGGACAAGAGGUGACUUCAAAGCGUGAUCCCUGUGUCUUCAGUUCUCUUAUUAAGUAUGAGACCAUACCAAUAUCCCGCAGGAGCUUCUACGUAGAAGACGACUACCUGUGUCUUAAACCAUCGUUCAACAAGACUCUUGAAACAUAUAUGACUGUACCAAAACGAAUUGUUGACGAAACAUGCAAGAACGGUACAGUAACGAGCUUAAUCAGUAAUAUAUUGAAUUGUGGAGUAAGAAUACUCUCUGAGUACGUUUACUAUCCAUUUAAGGACGAAAAUACUUCAUUGCCCUGGGAGUACUGCGAUGAUCAAGAUGGUUCCUGUAAGCUUAUGGUUGGGUGGCAUGUGUCAAAUAAAUCAAUAGAGAAUUUUGAAUUGUUCAAGAACGAUCAAAAUUUUAAAAAAUUAUUUAUGACAAAAAAUAGUCCCGUUGAAAGUUUUACGGUUUAAAUUAUUGGAUCAUUUUAAUGUCUACUAGUGCCUACAUACCUACUGUUUAAGCUGUAUUGUAAUUUCAAAUAUGUCGAUGUAAGAAUUAACAGACUAUAUCAAUAAAUAUAUUUUUACGUUUCGAAAA